AUGUUUUUAAGAUUGUUUAAAGAAAGGAAAUAUAUAAAUCGCCCUAGCAUAAUUUGCAAUACAAGAAUAACUGUAACUUAUCCCUUUAUGAAUGAUGUACGUUUUUUAAAAACAUGUCAUAGUGAAUAUCAUAAUAUACAGGAAUUAAAAAUUAAUUUACCAAGAUUAAAAUUGAGAGGCUUACCUUUUGAUGUGUCCCAAGAAGAAAUAAAAACAUUUUUUAAGAAUUUUAAAUUGUCAAAUGAAGAGCAUUCUAUUCACAUAAUUAAAGGAUUAGGGAACAAACCCACAGGACAUGCAUAUGUUUACUUUGAUGAUGAAGAAGAAGCAAGAAAUGCUUGUCAAGCUUUAAAUCGAAAAUUUUUAAGGAAUCGAUAUAUUGAAAUAUACAUAGAUUACGUUUUUAAUCACAAUAUAACACCAGUCAAAGAGCACGUGACAACAUUGAUGAGGGACAGAUAUAGAAAAGACAACCAGUAA